AGCAUCUCAGAGCUUCAAGUCAACAACACAGAUACCAACACACCUGUUUCAUCCUCACCGUGUGGAGUCUCUCUGCCAGAUAGCAUCAUGGCCCAGUGUAAUGCCUCAUCCAGAUACCAGGACAUCAUCUCCAAAAGUACUCUGAUCUCUUCAGGAUCUCCUGCUGUCUACAAGCUGAGACCAAAGGAAGAGAAGUUUGGGACUCUGACAAGAAAAACUGUUGGAGAGAAAAACCUGAACAAGACAAACAGAACCAUCUUACUUGUAGGUGAAACAGGAACAGGAAAAUCUGCUCUGAUCAACGCUCUGGUCAACUACACCAUGGGAGUGAAGUUUGAGGACAACAUCUGGUUUGAGAUCGUAGAAGAUGAGAAGAGAAGUCAGUCAGAGAGUCAGACAUCAGAUGUGAUCGUGUACGAGAUCUUUGGUUAUGAAGAUAAAACUCUGCCUUACUCUCUGACCAUCAUCGAUACUCCUGGAUUCGGAGACACCAGAGGGAUCGAACUAGAUAUCAUCGUUAGUCAAAGAUUAUUUGACUUGUUCCGCUCAGACGAUGGAGUUCAUGAACUUUCUGCAGUGGGUCUGGUGCUGAAGGCGAGUGAGAAUCGAGUGAGUGAUCGACUGAAGUACGUCUUUGAUUCAGUGACGUCUCUGUUUGGGAAAGACAUGGAGAAGAACAUUGUACCUCUCAUCACAAACUCUAAUGGAUUAACUCCUAAAAAUGCUCUGAAAGCACUUGAAGCUGCAAAUAUUAAAUGUGCCAAAGAUGAAGAGAAUGAAACAGUUCACUUCCUGUUUGAUAACUGUCAGAACAAAGAGAGAACAAAGAAAACCAAGCUUCCUUUAGAGAAUGCAUGGAGGCUAACAGAGGCAGGAAUGAAAGAAUUCACAGACUUCCUGAAAGAAUCUAACCCUCAGAAGCUGAAGACAACAGUUGAAGUGUUGAACUCACGGAUCAGACUGACAGCCUGCAUCCAAAACCUGCAAGAAAGAAUUCAGCUGAUUGAAGUAAAAGAAAGAGAGAUCCAACAGACUGAAGAAGCUCUGAAGAAACAUGAAGAAGAGAUGAAGAAUGAGAAGUUCACUGUAGAAGUUGAUGAGGUCUACAAAGACAAAGAGCCUGUCAAUGGUGGGAUGUGGGGUGGAUUUAAGUUUUGGGGGAUGUGGGACGUUCCACCUCUUUUAUAUAAAGCAGCUGUCACCUGUAAUGUUUGUCUAGAGAACUGUCACUAUCCUGGAUGUGUGUGA